CUUGGUCUUCCGUACCCUUUUCACAGGAGAUCAAUCUUAGCGACCGCAAGACUUACAAAUUUCAACAAAAUGAGAAGCCAUCCAGAAGUUCUGUGGGCGCAACGCGCAGAUAAAGUUUACCUCACCAUAGCCUUAACAAACGCAAAAGACAUUGCAGUCAAGUGUGAACCCCAUGGACUCUUUAACUUCUCUGCUGUUGGGGCAAAAGAUGAAACCAUUGACUUUAGCUUGGAACUUUAUGGGAAAAUCUUACCUGAUAGCUGCAAACCCCAAAUGGGUCUGAGGAAUAUACUAUGUACCGUUCAGAAAGAAGAGAAAGGGUGGUGGCAACGUCUCUUGAAAUCAGAAGGAAAACCUGCUCCAUAUAUAAAGGUUGACUGGAAUAGGUGGUGUGAUGAGGAUGACGAAUCAGCUAACGAAACUGAUGAAAAUGAUCUGAAGUACCUUAGUGAUGAUGAUGGAAGCAGCAGCGAUGAUGGAAUGCUAUAUCUUCCUGACCUCGAAAAAGCCCGAGGAAACUAGAGAUUACGGAAUUAAAGCUUACAAAGUGAACUGAUAGUUGAAGCAUAAUGCUUAUCAGGUCACUACUUAUAUUAACUAGAAGGGGCCCGAGCUCGAACUAGGUUCGAUCGUUGUAACGACCACGAGGGUCUUGAUAUUCUACUAAAUUCUGGUCUAUCUUUACUAUUAAUAUCAUGAGGACAUUGUCAUA